GUUAAAUUCGGGCUACAAAAAAGUUCAAGCACAUUAGAAAAACAUUAACGAGUUCAUAGGUUUGUGCUUUGUUAUUCUGGGCAUUGGUGUGGAUACACAGCAGUUAAUUAAGUACUACCUUUACUCUCAAGGAUCUGGCCAAUUCAUGGGGAAGAGCACACUCAUUAUAAAGGUACUACAGCGUGUUUAGCGGGCACUGUAAACAUUACGAGGACAUGGAAGAAGGAACAAGGGAGUUAGGAAAGGCUUCACUGAGGAGUUGACACUUGACCUAAUAUUGAAGGAUGAGAAACAGUGGCCAGGUGGAGAGAAAAGAGAGAGGGGCAAACCAGAAGCACACGGUUAGGAGGGGCACAGAUGUCAGAAAUGCAAUGAAGCAAAGAUUUAUGUGUUAACAUUAUUUGUCUCCUAUAAUUAGAGAGGUGAAUGCACAUUCCCUGCAGAUCCAAGAGGUCCAAGAGAAGUGCCUUAAACACUGAUUGCUUUGAAUCAAUUGAGCAUUUUAAAAUCUCAAACUCAGAAGUUUAUUUGCACUGCGGGGCACUUGGGUUUAGGAGUAACAUUUGAGUUUGAGUGAGUGGUAUGGGCUGAAGGGAAAGCGUAUGGGCUGCAUUAAUUGUUAUAUUAACUAGUUUGAUUUAAAAAAAUGGUUUCAUUGAAUACCUUGAAUGUGAAAACCAUUGUCCCAAGCAUCAGGACUACAAAAAGAAGACACAGCAGCUUGUCAAUAUAGAAGCUAGAGUUUGGACAGCCCUCUCCAGAGGCACUGUGACCUCUACCGGGCAUGACAUGGCUGACACUGGCCACCAUUUUUAUGCAUUUGUAGUCACAUUGCGAUGUUUUGUGUUGAUGGUUUCUUUUCUCUCUCUCCCUCCCCCUCUCCCUCUCCCUCUGUCUUUCUCCCUCCCUGUCUCUCUGUAUCUGCUGCACACUGUGCUUGAAAACAAUUAGAAUGCGCCACACUUUUUUGGCAUGAAAUUUCACCAAGCCAGCUCUGUAUCCCCAACCUCUAGUCAUACAAUCAGUUUUGUGAAAAUGCAGGAUGUAUGUUUCCUGCCACCUGAUCGGUUCUUUUGGAGUCCGCAGUCUCACCAGAUUUGUGAACCACCCCACUCCUCUUUCCGCCAGAAACACCCACAAGGCAAAUUCACACCUUCACCUCUGAGGUUGAGGUUAGAAGAGUUAAACAUCAGUGAUGCUUUAAAAACUGCAUCUGAUGAUGCCAGCCAUCUGGCUGGCAUUCUUCCUAAGGGGGUAAAGUCCCAGGUCACUGGGGAACCUCCCCCGUUGCCUCGCCAUAGAGGAGAGCACGCAUUUCCCUAAGUCUGGCUCUCUCCCGCUCAGCAUUUGCCCAUGUACUUCUUGUCUGAACUGUCUAUUUUCUUCAUUUCUCUAACUAACUGCUACUGUGCCUGGAAAGUUCUGGAGCUUCCUCCUCUGAGAAGCCUCUCAGUCACCCUGGUCUGAGAAACGAGGGAUUCUGUGUCUCCCUCUCUCACUGCCCCUCCCCUCUCACUCUCAAAAAGAAAUACACAUUAAAAAAAAUUUAAUGAAAAAAAGAGUAAUAAAAGGCGGCCUUUAAAUAAAUUUAAAAACACAAUAAAGAGAAAUGAAGUGUUGAGUUGGGCUUGGCGGUCACCUCCACUCAGUUUCUUCUUCCCUUCCCCACCCAGCCUCCCAUGGAACGGAGAAACCAUUCGAGCCUGGCCGAGUUCGUGUUCCUUGGUUUCCCCAAAGUGGGACAUGUCAGGGGCUGGCUUUUUGCCCUGUUGCUGUUGGCAUAUCUGUUCACUUUCUGCGGCAACUUGCUCACCUUCUUGGCCAUACGACUGAACGCAGCCCUGCACACACCCAUGUACCACUUUGUCAGUAUACUCUCCUUAUUGGAACUGUGGUAUACAGCCACCACCAUCCCCAACAUGCUAGCCAAUCUUCUCCGUGAGAAGAAGACCAUUUCUUUUGCCGGAUGCCUCCUUCAGACCUACUUCUUCCAUUCUCUAGGGGCCUCUGAAUGCUACCUUCUUACAGCCAUGGCCUAUGACCGAUACCUGGCCAUAUGCCGGCCCCUCCACUACCCUGCAGUUAUGACCCCGACACUCUGUGGCAAGUUGGCUGCUGGUUGUUGGACUUGUGGCUUCCUGUGUCCCAUUUCUGAAGUCAUCCUGGUCUCCCAGCUCCCCUUUUGUGGCUAUAAUGAAAUUCAACACAUCUUCUGUGACUUUCCACCUCUGCUGAGCCUGGCCUGCAAGGACACAUCCACGAAUGUCCUUGUGGACUUUGCUAUCAAUGCCUUUAUCAUCCUUAUCACCUUCCUCUUUAUUAUGGUUUCUUAUGGAAGAAUCAUCAGUGCUGUACUGAAGAUAAAAACAGCCGAAGGAAGAAAGAAGGCCUUCUCUACCUGUGCCUCACAUCUCACUGUGGUUCUCAUCUUUUUUGGGAGUAUCAUUUUCAUGUAUGUGCGCCUAAAGAAGAGCUAUUCCCUGACCCUUGACCGCACACUUGCUGUAGUCUACUCUGUACUAACACCACUCGUCAACCCAAUUAUCUACAGUCUUCGUAACAAGGAACUCAUUAAGGCCAUCAAGAGGACCAUCUGCCAGAAGUCAGCAAGGGCUCACCAUUGACUCUAUACCAAGGUCCUUCUUCCAUUUUAGGGUUGGCCUCAGAAACGUUCUAUGUACCUUGGUCCUGGCCUUGAAUAAUCUUCCCAUUAUCGCACAUGCUAUGGAUCCCAUCUCCUCUUGCCUUCUCAAAGUAUGUUUUUCUUUUAUUUCCUACGUCUUUAUGUUUUCCAUUUUUCACUAGAUCAGUGCUUUCAGCAUUUAAGAAUACUUUAGAAUCUUCCUUCUUAGAAACAAGCACCCAUAUUUCCCUGGGCACACAGUCCCAGCCAGCUACAGGUCUAUUUCUUAUGCUCUCAUUUCCAAUUAAACUUCUCAACGUGAUU